UUACUGUUUGAAUGUUGUUGAUUUACCUCAAGAUAGAAAUAGUAUUAAUAUGAAGAAGAAAAUAGACGCUCGUUUGAAAACACUGUUGGAAGUUUCUUGUCAGAACAAUCACCGUGCAUUGUUGGUUAUAAUUGGCGACCGUGGUAAGAAUCAAGUAGUCAAUUUACACUACAUGCUAUCCAAAAUAUCCAAUAUACCCAAGCCCUCCGUGUUAUGGUGUUAUAAGAAGGAGUUAGGGUUUAGUAGUCACAGGAAGAAAAGAAUGAAACAAAUUAAGAAACUAGCACAGAGAGGGUUAUUAGAUACUUCUAGAGAUGACCCAUUUGAGAUAUUCGUGUCGAAUACCCACAUUAGGUAUUGUUAUUAUGCAGAGACUCACAAAAUAUUGGGAAAUACCUUUGGAAUGUGUGUGUUGCAAGAUUUUGAAGCUCUUACUCCGAAUAUUUUAGCAAGGACAGUGGAAACUGUACAAGGUGGGGGUUUGGUGGUGUUAUUAUUGGGAACUAUUCAAUCCCUAAGACAAUUGUAUACGAUGGCAAUGGACGUGCACGAUCGUUUUCGUACACAAGCUCACAAGGAUGUCGUAGCUAGGUUUAAUGAACGAUUUAUGUUAUCACUUUCAAGAUGCCAAUCAUGUUUGAUAGUUGAUGACGAACUCAACGUAUUGCCAUUAUCCUCACCUAUGAAGGAGGGAACUUUUGCUCUUUCGGAUAAACAGAAAGAACAAAUCAAGAAACAACAACAAGAAUGGUCAGAGUUGAAAAGCAAUUUGGAAGAAACCCCCAUAUUAGGCGAAUUGAUAUCUCGUACAAAGACCUUGGACCAAGCCAAAGCAUUGUUGACUUUUAUAGAAGCAAUUACAGAAAAGACACUUCGUUCUACAAUAGCUUUGACUGCAGCAAGAGGAAGAGGAAAGUCAGCAGCUCUAGGAUUGGCAGUAGCAUCUGCCAUUGGUCAUCAAUAUUCCAAUAUAUUCGUUACUUGUCCAUCUCCAGAAAAUCUAAAGAGUUUUUUCGACUUCGUAUUGAUAGGUUUUGAUGCAUUACAAUUCAAAGAACAUGUGGAUUAUGAAGUUUUACAAAGUACGGAUGCUUCCUUACAACAUUGUGUCGUGAGAAUCAAUGUUUUUCGUUCCCAUCGACAAACUAUUCAAUAUAUCGACCCACGUGAUGCCUCUAAAGCUUUGCAUCAGGCUGAAUUGUUGGUAAUCGAUGAAGCAGCAGCUAUUCCACUUCCUAUUGUAAAGAGCAUGUUGGGUCCUUAUUUGAUUUUCAUGUCUUCCACUAUUACGGGUUAUGAAGGAACAGGAAGAAGCUUAUCUCUUAAACUAUUUGAUCAGUUAAGAAAAGGAGCUCAUAGUGAUAAUCGUCCUGAUUCAUUUCAUCUAGCAGAAGGAGGAAGAACUUUUCGAGAAAUCACCUUGGAAGCUCCCAUUAGAUAUGCUAUUGGAGAUCCUAUUGAGUCGUGGUUAUAUGACGUAUUAUGUUUAGAAGCUGGAAAAGGACCACAGCCACUUAUUUAUGGAUGUCCACAUCCUCAUGACUGUCAACUCUAUAGGGUGAAUCGAGAUGCCUUAUUUUCAGGGCAUCCUUUGGCAGAAUCUUUCUUACAAACCAUCAUGGCUUUGUUUGUUUCCAGUCAUUACAAAAACUCACCCAAUGACUUGCAAUUAUUAUCUGAUGCUCCUGCUCAUCGUCUCUUUGUUUUAAUAGCUCCCACUAAGAAACAAUUGGAUUCCAAUGGUUUACCACAAGUCUUAUGUGCCAUACAGGUUUGUUUGGAAGGACAAAUUUCCAAAGAGUAUGCUCAAGCUUCCAUGUCACGUGGUUAUAGAGGAGCUGGUGAUCUCAUUCCUUGGACGAUAUCACAACAGUUUCAAGACUCCAGUUUUGCAAGUCUUUCAGGAGUUCGGGUUGUUCGUAUUGCUACUCAUCCAGAUGUUCAAAGAAUGGGAUAUGGUUCUAGAGCGUUGACAUUAUUGAAUGAUUACUAUUCAGGUAAAAUGAUAUCCUUGACUGAAGAUGGAUGGCGAGGGACCUUAAGUGAUGAGCCUUCAACAAUAACCAAUGUUGACAAUAGUAAUGAUACGUUGAAUCAUGAAAGACUUGAACCAAGAAAGGAAUUACCACCGUUAUUAGAACCUUUGAAUGUCCCCGACAGAGUCGACUAUUUAGGAGUUUCUUAUGGAUUGACAUAUGAGUUGUUUUGUUUUUGGAAAAAGCAGGGAAUGGUUCCCCUUUAUAUUAGACUCGUUGCCAAUGAAUAUACCGGUGAACAUACGUGUAUCAUGUUGAAACAAUUACCGGAACAGUCCAAAAUGUCUUGGUUGUCUAAUUUCUUUCAUGACUUUAUACGACGUUUUCUAGCCCUCUUGCCUUUUGCUUGGAGCAGUUGGAAUCCCGCUUUAACUCUGCAAAUUAUCGAUUAUGGAAAAGAAUACUAUGCCUCGCAUCAAGUGACGAUGUUGAAUGAACACAAUAUGCAUUUGCUAUUAUCUACUUUUGAUAUUCAACGGUUGGAAGCUUAUGCAAAGAAUCUGAUCGACUAUCACAUGAUCGUCGAUUUGCUACCCACCAUUGCCAAGUUAUAUUUUAGUGGACAAUUGGAUAAGGAGAUUCAUUUAUCUGCAGCCCAAUCUGCUAUUUUGGUGAGUGUUGGAUUGCAAUAUAUGGAUUUGGAUCGAUUGGAAAAAGUAUUGAAUGUCCCUGCUCAACAAUUGUUGGCUUUGUUAAAUAAGAUGAUUCGCAAGUUUGCCCAUUAUUUCAAAGAGUUGGAAUGGAGUCUAAUGGAGUCUCAUGAUGCCUCAACAAUAAUAACAGAAACAAAAACAUCGAUGAAGGAUACUAAUGAGACUUUAGAACCCAAACAAGCACCACUGGUCAAGAAACCCAAAAAGAAUAUGGAGCAUAAGGACAAAAAGGAACAUCGUAAACAUCGAUUGGAAUGAUCCAAGAAAUGGCGUUGAUGGUUU